CCCCCACCCCGCGCCUGCAGUACCUGCUGGAGCCCCUCCAUGAGGUGGUGCACGCCCAGCGCGGCGCCACGGUCACCCUGCCCUGCGUCCUGCGGGCGCGGCCCCCCCACUACAAGGUGAAAUGGAGCAAGGUGGAGCUGGCCGAGCUGCCGGAGAACAUCAUCCUGGUCACCAACGGGCUCCAGCACAAGACCUACGGGCAGCUGGGCGGGCGGGCCCGGCUGAGGCGCGGCCACCGCAACGACGCCUCCCUCACCAUCGCCGGGGUGACGCUGGAGGACGAGGGGCGCUACCGCUGCCAGCUGGUCAACGGGCUGGAGGACGAGAGCCUGUCGCUGACGCUGACGCUGGACGGUGUCGUCUUCCCCUACCAGACCAGCCAGGGGCGCUACAGAUUCAACUACUUUGAGGCUAAGCAAGCCUGUGAAGAGCAGGACUCCAGACUGGCCACUUACCAGCAGCUCUACAAAGCGUGGACCGAAGGGCUGGACUGGUGUAAUGCAGGCUGGAUUCUCGACGGGACCGUCCACUAUCCCAUUAUUAACCCCCGAGAGCCCUGCGGGGGGCGGCUUCUCCUCCCGGGAGUUCGGACCUACGGGGCCAAGGACAAGCAGAAGGACCGGUUCGACGCGUUCUGCUUCACCUCUCCUGUGAGGGGCCAGGUCUAUUUCAUCCAGGGCCACCUGAGCUUCAAAGAGGCGGGGCAGGCUUGCCGCAACCAAGGGGCCACCAUCGCCAACAUCGGGCAGCUCUACUCCGCCUGGAAAUUCUCCCAGCUGGACCGUUGCGACGGGGGCUGGCUGGCGGACGGCAGCGUCCGCUACCCCAUCACCACCCCUCGCACCCACUGCGGGGGCCUUCCGGACCCCGGCGUCCGGAGCUUCGGCUUCCCCAACAAGGAGCUUCAGACAUACGGGACCUACUGCUUCUCGGUGAAAUAGGGAUGGCACGGGGUGAUGAUGGGACACCGGGGAGGGGACGUCAGCUCUGCUCUUCGCUGGUUUCCAGCCGCCCUGCGCCUGUCAAGGGUCAUGAGCUCUGCAUGUUUCUCUUCCCCAGUGGGUCUCAGGCCGGUUUCCAGCAGCACAUAACACUCGCUUGGCCCAUCCGCUCAUCGUCAGCCUUAGCAGAGAGACCAAGGACUGGAUGGGCCAUGGAGACCAGAAUCCUGUCUCAGGUCCAGAGGUGGCUCCUUCGGGAGCGCUGGCCGGGAGAGGCCAAUAGGCUGCCUGCCCUGUUCUGUGAACUGAGGAAUCUGUUCUCUGGAGCCCUGAAUCUGGCACAAAAUUCAACCCCUGGGCCAAGGGCCUGUGGGCUACUUAAGCGCUGAUGUUUGAGGGCUUAAGUGGUGCACAGGCUGGAUUCAGACCCUCUGCCCAGGGGUGACUUCUACCCUUUCGACACAGAGAGCAAGUGAGAAUGGAAGCACCAAAGCCCCCAACCUCAGAACUUCUCUGGUCUUCUCCGGGCUUUUGCUCUUCUCGGUUCUGGGUUCCUGCUGUUUAGCUGCCAUCUGGAGCAGGGGGGUCGUCAGGAGAAGACAGAAUCCAUGGGACUCAGUAAGAAUCCAGUGUCCUGCUCCCGUGAGGUCGCUGGACCCCUCAGAGGAAUAACCAGUAGCUGUAGAUUUUUUUGGUUUAGUUUAAGGCUAACGAAGAAAUGGCAUUUUGUAUCCAUUGCUCACCUAUUUCCAACAGGGGAUGGGGUGCCCCUGGAGAUAAAAAGCUUCCUGACUCUCCGUAUGCUUCCUCGUGCUUGUGGAAAUUCACAGCGAUAGCAGGGCCACAACUCAGAUCCCUCUGCUCUGCAAAGCACAGGUCCCUUGCCACUUGAGCUAAAGGAGCAUCCUUAAUUAGCAGCAAUAUAGGGGCUAUGACACACAGUCGAGCCAUUCUGAUUCCAGUCCAGCAGAGGGCAGCAGUGCACACAAGCCCCCAGCCGGCUCACUACACUGUGUUCAUGAAGGUCUGUCUUUUAACCCCAACACCUGCCUGGCUCCCCCCGUGAAGAAGCCGUUCAGUGCCAAUAUGUGAAAGGCUGGAAAGUAAUGAGUUUGACUAAUUGAGUUUAUCCAUGUAAAUUAAUAAAAUGAUGGUAAACCCACCCCA